AUGCUGCACCUGAAAGUCCAGUUCCUGGAUGAUUCCCAGAAGAUCUUUGUAGUUGAUCAAAAAUCCUGUGGGAAAGGGCUCUUCAACCUCACCUGCAGCCACCUCAACCUUGUGGAGAAGGAGUACUUUGGGCUGGAGUUUCACAGCCAGGCUGGGAACCAGGUCUGGUUGGAACCACUAAAACCCAUAACAAAGCAAGUCAAAAAUCCUAAGGAGGUUCUUUUCAAAUUUAUGGUGAAAUUUUUCCCAGUGGACCCUGGCCACCUGAGAGAAGAACUGACCAGGUACCUCUUCACCCUCCAGAUCAAGAAGGACCUGGCACAGGGGCGGCUGCCCUGCAGUGACAAGAGCGCGGCGCUGCUCGUCUCCCACCUGCUGCAGUCUGAGCUGGGUGACUUCCACGAGGAGACAGACCAGCAGCACCUGACCACACACAGGUACCUGCCUAACCAGGAGUACCUGGACAACAAGAUCAUGCACUACCACCGGAGACACAGAGGGAAGACGCCGGCCGAGUCGGACGUUCAGCUGCUGGACGUGGCCAGGAAGCUGGAGAUGUACGGAAUCCGCCUGCACCCCGCCAGCGACGGCGAGGGGACACAGAUCAACCUGGCCGUGACACACAUGGGGGUGCUGGUGCUGCGGGGCAAUACGAAGAUCAACACCUUCAACUGGUCCAAAAUUCGCAAACUGAGUUUCAAGAGGAAGCAUUUUCUCAUCAAGCUCCAUGCAAACAUCUCUGCGCUGUGCAAGGACACGCUGGAGUUCACUAUGGUGAGCAGGGACACCUGCAAGGCCUUCUGGAAGACAUGUGUGGAGUACCAUGCCUUCUUCAGGCUCUCUGAAGAGCCCAAAUCAAAGCCCAAGGCCUUUCUGUGCAGCAAAGGUUCCAGCUUCCGCUACAGUGGGAGGACUCAGCGGCAGCUGCUGGAGCAUGGCAGGAAGGCUAAGAUGAAGAGCCUGCCCUUUGAGAGGAAACACUACACAUCCCGCUACAAUGAGAGGCAGUGCCGCUCCUCCCCGGACCUGCUGACAGAUGUAUCAAAGCAGAUGGAGGAGCUGCGCCUGGCCUACGGCAGCCGGGGCUCCUACCACGCCAACGGAGUGCACGGCUCCGAGCCCACCCUGGACAGCCGGCGCCGCAGCUCCACCAUGGAGGUGACGUUUGCCACUGAGAUGGAACGCUCCAAGCCCGAAGCACCCCUCACCUUCCUGCCCCACUCCAAAAGCUCGUCUGCCUUCCCCCUGCUCUACGCCGAGCUGGAGAUGGAGCGGGCGUGGGAGCCCAUCGACCUCUUUGGAGCCAGGAAUCCCUUGACAUCCUUUCGGCCCCACCACCAGUUCGCUGGGAACAGUAAAAGCACCUCUGUGGGCAACAUGCGGGAAGUGAGCGCCCGCCCACUGGUGUACACGGAUGUGCCCUGUCCCCUGCCCGUGGUGACCCCGGCCCCCCCUGUGCUCUUCUACCUGGACAGGGCGCUGCAGCCCCCAGGCCCUGCACUGGCCCCUGGCGAGGACACAGCCGGACCGGCCGCUGCAAGCGGCCCCGUGGCAGCGAAUGACCCCCGGCAGAGCCCGGGCGGGACCCAGGCUGGGCAGUUCCACCGUGAGGCUGCAGGCACAGCCGCGGGCACCAGCAUGGUGGGGGAGAAGAGGGCACUGGCUCGCUCCUUCGACUAUGGCCUCCAGGAGCAGCCUCCCAGGCGGUCUUGGAGCCAGUCGGACAUGAAAACCAUCCGCUUCCCCUACGGCUCUGAGUUCAGGCCCCUGGGGCCGUGCCCUGCGCUGAGCAGCCGCAAAGGGGGUGUUUUUUGGCAUGUCCCAGCCCAGCAAGGGCUGGCUUCUGGGCCGCGGCGCUCCACCGAGCGCUACCUGGGCAGCAGCACCGAGUCCAGCGACUCUGACUCGGACCUGCUGGCCGCUGACUACUGCUCGCUGUACGGCCGCGUGCUGCGCUCGCCCAUGGCCCGCGUGCGGCUCUCCUCGGGCAGCCUCCAGCUGGAUGAGGAGGAUGAGGAGGUCUCCUUUGCCACCAGUGCUGCUGGAGAGAGGAUUUCCAGAGGGGCCUCCAAGUAUUUCACCUAGGUGCCUGACAUCGGCCAGAGGGAGCAGAGGUGGCCGGUGCUGACCCAGGGUCAAAGAACGGUGACACUCUUUGUUUGCAGGUCUGCUUACAGCUUAUGAAACAUUGAUGGGAUUGUGUUGUGUGAGUGCUCUUAGCUAUAGAGGAUGUGUUAAUGGACAUCAGGGGUGUGUUCAGAAGUAUUCAACCCCUGCACCACAUUUGGCAGCUGGUUUGCCUCUGCCACCGCACUUGGAGAGAGGGGGAUCUUGCUUCAGCCAGGGACCAGGGAUCUCCUGGAAGCCCCGCUAAGCCUGUAUGUUCUGCCCAAGCUGAUGCUUGGAGCUCAGCUGCUGGAGUCUUCAUUGAGAGGGAGAGAGAGAGAAAAAAAAAGCAACUCCUCACAGAAUAGUAUCAGCUGCUGCUUUUCCCUGCUGCAGGGCAGCACACCAGAGGGAAGGGUGUUUAAUGCCCUUUUGGAAAGGAGAAGAUCUUCAUGGGAGGCGGCUCCUUGAGCUGAUGGCAUGUGGACAGAACAAAACCCCAGCACAGAGCCCAUCUCCUCCAUCCACCUCACCUCCCUCCAGUGCUGCAGGGAGCAUCUGGCACUCAAAGGCAAGCCUCUCUGUGUGGCUGUCUUCUCCCUGGCAAGUUUAGAGGAUUAUCCUUCUCCAUAAAUAUCUCAGUAAUGCUUGUCAAGCUCUUAGAAGCACCCCAUGGUGAGCACUGUGAAGUGGGUUCAUACUCUCUAACUUCGCUUAUGCACAUCAGCCAUCAUCUCCUGACAGCACCGUGACAGCCCCAGUACCUCACUGUUCUGCUUAAAUCUGGGGAGAGAUGUGUAAGGAGGGUCUUUGGGGUCCUUUGCUUCCCCAAAUCUGUCCUCAGCUAAGCAGCAUGGGAAAAAAGGAGCUGGUAGAAAAGGAACAGGCAGCUUCUUGGAAGUAUUUUUAUUAAAAAAACCUUACUCUAAACCUACAUGAAAUCUACUUGAAAAUCUUGAAAAUGAUGACUCUGUAAGUUUUUUUGGGGGGGAUCUUGAUAAUUUUCUUUAAGAGCAACCCAGUAAGUCUUUGUAGGACGUUACUGUAAGCAAAGGGACAGCCCAGAAAAUCCACAGCAGAGAAACCACUGCAGCCUGCUAGAAGUAUUUCAGAAACACAGACAAAAAAAUAGAUUAAAAUGUAGAAAGAACUGG